AUGACCAUCCCAGAAGAAAUCGAUGAAUAUGCCUCGAUCCAGAAAGCCCUGAAAGGCCUCAACGAAGCUGCACAACGAUGCCAGCAGACUAUGCUGAGCGGCCAUGACAGCAGCAUAGAAAGCUGCUGUGCCAGACAAAGCGCGCGCGAUGAGCUGGUUCUGGAGGCGCUCAAGUUCCUCCAGGUUGCGCAAGGUCCUAUCGAUGCCGCCGCUACUUGUUACGAAAGGACAGCUCAUCUCGCGAGCGUCCGCGCGUUGCUGGAGAUGGGGGUCUUCGAAGCGCUUCCGACGGGGCGAGUAUCUCGCAGCACGGAAGAGUUGGCGCAGGAACUGAAUGUCGAUGAAUCUCUCCUUGCCCGUUUGCUGAGAAAUUCCUCGCUGUACGGACCAUUUGAAGAGACUGGGCCGGGCCAGUACCGCCACACCCCGUUCUCCGAGGCGUAUCUGCGCCCCGAGAUCCGCGGCAUGUUUCGAUUUGCGAUGGACGACCAUAUGCCCGCGCAUCUCAAGCUGCAUGAAUUCCUCCAAUGCAAUGGCUGGCGGGAACCCUCGUCCACCACAGAUAAUCCGUACACGUAUGCCCACAAGACCAACGGAAAGAGCAUGUUCGACAACCUCUCCGAGAAGCCGGAGCGGAUGAAGGCAUUCAAUAACGGGAUGACGGUGCAGGCGAUGACGCCGCUGUGGAUGAUUGAUCUGUUCCCCUGGGGAAGUUUGGCCCAGUUCAAGCCCAGCGCGAGCCAGAUUCUCGCGGUUGAUAUCGGCGGCGGCAAGGGCAAGGCCAUCAGCCGGAUCCGGUCUUUGUGUAGUGGUUUGCCGGGCCGGUAUAUCCUGCAAGAUCAGGCGCAUGUUGUCAAGAGUGUCGAGGGUUCAUUGGAUCCCGCGAUCGAGACGAUGGCCUAUGAUUUCUUUACUGAGCAGCCUAUUCGAGGCGCUCUAACCUACCUCAUCCGCCGGUGUCUCCACAACUGGCCCCAGGACAGCGUGGUUCGUAUCCUGAAGAAUAUCGCUGCGGCCAUGGAGCCAGAGAAGUCACGGCUUCUAAUUGAGGAGAUCGUCGUACCGGCGGAGAAAGCCGGUGUCGAGGAAGGAUGGAUGGAUAUGAUCAUGAUGUCUCUGGGUGCCAAACAAAGGACAUUGAAGGAGUGGGAGACGGUGCUGGGUCUGGCUGGAUUGGAAGUCAAAAACGUGUAUCAGAUUUCGGGAAAUUGCCACGGACUCAUUGAGGCCUGGCUGAAGUGA